AGUUGGGGAUUUUUGCCUACACCUAUGGCUACAGGAAACUGGACAAGAGUGAGUGAAUUUAUUCUCAUGAGCUUCUCCUCCUUACCUACCGAAAUACAGUCGUUACUCUUCCUCACCUUUCUAAUCAUUUACCUGGUCACUCUGAUGGGAAAUAGCCUCAUUAUUCUGGUUACCCUGGCUGACACCACACUGCACAGUCCCAUGUACUUCUUCCUCAGAAACUUGUCCUUCUUGGAGAUUGGCUUCAACCUAGUCAUUGUGCCCAAAAUGCUGGGGACCCUGCUUGCACGAGACACAACCAUCUCCUUCCUUGGAUGUGCCACUCAGAUGUAUUUCUUCUUCUUCUUUGGGGUGGCUGAAUGCUUCCUGCUGGCAACCAUGGCUUAUGACCGCUAUGUGGCCAUCUGCAGUCCCUUGCACUACCCAGUCAUCAUGAACCAAAGGACACGUAUCAAACUGGCUGUUGCCUCCUGGUUUCCUGGCUUUCCUGUAGCUACUGUGCAGGCCACCUGGCUCUUCAGCUUUCCAUUCUGUGGCACCAACAAGGUGAACCACUUCUUCUGUGACAGCCCACCGGUGUUGAGGCUGGUCUGUGCAGACACAGCACUGUUUGAGAUCUAUGCCAUAGUGGGAACAGUUCUGUUCGUCAUGACACCUUGUUUGCUGAUCUUAUGUUCCUACACUCGCAUUGCUGCUGCCAUCCUCAGGAUUCCAUCAGCUAAAGGGAAACACAAAGCCUUCUCUACAUGCUCCUCCCACCUCCUUGUUGUCUCCCUUUUCUAUGGAUCUUUAAGCCUCACAUAUUUUCGGCCAAAAUCCAAUAAUUCCCCUGAGAGCAAGAAGUUGCUAUCCUUGUCCUACACUGUUGUGACUCCCAUGUUGAACCCCAUUAUCUAUAGUCUGAGGAACAAUGAGGUGAAGAAUGCCCUCAGCAGGACCAUCCACAAGGCCCUCACCCACAGGAAGAGUAUCCCGUAGACAUUAAGAAGUAAGACUAAAUUCUGUUGAAUUACCAACAAUCAAUCUUGCCUUUGAGAUUCUUAU